AUGCUCCUCGCUUCUCACCUUGCGUCCUCCUCUAUCCUCACCUUGCGUGCUCCUCACACCUCACCUUGCGUGCUCUUCUCUCCUCACCUUGCGUCCUCCUCUCUCCUCACCUUACGACUGCCUCUCUCCUCACCUUGCGUGCUCCUCUCUCCUCACCUUGCGUGCUCCUCUCGCCUCCCCACGCGUGCCCCUCUCUCCUCACCUUGCGUCCUCCUCUCUCCUCACCUUGCGUGCUCCUCUCUCCUCCCCUUGCGUGCUCCACUCUCCUCACCCUGCGUCCUACUCUCUUCUCACUUUGCGUCCUCCUCUAUCCUCACCUUGCGUGCUCCUCACUCCUCACCUUGCGUGCUCUUCUCUCCUCACCUUGCGUGCCCCUCUCUCCUCACCUUGCGUCCUCCUCUCUCCUCACCUUGCGUGCUCCUCUCUCCUCAACAUGCGUGCUCCUCUCUCCUCCCCUUGCGUGCUCCUCUCUCCUCAGCUUGCGUGCUCCUCUCUCCUCACCUUGCGUCCUCCUCUCUCCUCCCCGCGUGUGCCCCUCUCUCCUCACCUUGCGUCCUCCUCUCUCCUCACCUUGCGUGCUCCUCUCUCCUCACCAUGCGUGUUCCUCUCUCCUCACCUUGCGUGCUCCUCUCUCCUCACCUCCCGUGCUCCACUCUGACAGGUGGGGUGCUCCUCUCUCCUCACCUCCCGGGUUUUGCUCUGACAGGGCAGGGUGCUCCUCUCUCCUCACCUCCCGUGCUCCACUCUGACAGGUGGGGUGCUCCUCUCUCCUCACAUCCCGUGCUCCACUCUGAAAGGGCAGGGUGCUCCUCUCUCCUCACCUCCUGGCAGGGUGCUCCUCUCUCCUCACCUCCCUUGCUCCACUCUGACAGGUGGGGUGCUCCUCUCUCCUCACCUCCCGUGCUCCACUCUGACAGGUGGGGUGCUCCUCUCUCCGCACCUCCCGUGCUCCACUCUGACAGGUGGGGUGCUCCUCUCUCCUCACCUCCCGUGCUCCACUCUGACAGGUGGGGUGCUCCUCUCUCCACACCUCCCGUGCUCCACUCUGACAGGUGGGGUGCUUCCGGACCUGUUGUUUAG